AUGGUCCAACCCCCUGGUUUUGUGAACCUUGCUCAUCCCACUCAUGUCUGUAAACUUCACAAGUCUCUUUAUGCCCUCAAGCAGGCUCUACAUGCAUGGUUUAAUCGUAGUAGCACCUUCCUCUUAUCCCUUGGUUUUUCAAGAAAAUUUUAUGUCGCUUUUGAGCACCAAUUUGACAUCAAGGACCUUGGUCCUCUUACUUACUUCUUGGGUUUACAGCUUGUUUCUCAUAAUGGUGCUUUUUAUCUCAAUCAACUCAAGUAUGUUCAUGAUUUGUUACACAAGAGUAAUCUCCAACAUGCCAAGCCCUCUUCCACUCCUUUUGCAGCCAAGUCUGUUCUAACUGCCAGUGCUGGUGACUUGCUCACUUCUCUCACAGAAUACCGUGAACUUGUAGGGAGUCCUCAGUACCUCACCUUUACCCGCCCAAAUAUUUCCUUUGCAGUCAACACUGUGGCCCAGUUUAUUAGCUCUCCUCGCUCUCCUCACAUGGUUGCCGUCAAGAGGAUUCUCCGCUAUGUUAAGGGCACCAUUGACUUUGGCCUCCAUUUUACACCCCAAGAUCCUUCCACUCGUCUCAUCAUUUACUCAUAUACCAAUUGGGCUGGGUGCCCAAACUUCCGCCGUUCAACAACUGGCUACCUCAUCUACUUGGGCUCAAAUCUUAUGUCCUGGUGCUCCAGAAAGCAGCCAACAGUUUCGCGCUCCAGUGUGGAAUCUGAGUACUGUGCUCUUGCUUAUGCCUGCGCCAAAUCUUCUUGGCUCUGUUCUCUGUUACAUGAACUGGGGGUUUGA